AUGGGGACAUCGGAGGACCUGCUUGCCUGGCUGGAAGAGGCCUUCGCCUUGGUAACUCCUCCUGUUCUUGCUUCAAAAGGGGAGAAGUUGGAGACCAAGAUCGAAUACUGGGCUCGAGUCGCUGAAGUGACUGAUCAGUGGCCGAAGAAUGUUUCUGUUGCAACAUCCUUCUUUUGCGAGUACGACUUUGCUUCGUGCGACGGCGACACGGUCACCCUGCAUGGUUUGGAGAAGAGGCCUGACCUAAAUGGGUGCACGGCAGAGGUGCUCAGAGUUGCGGAUCCCGCGCAGCCUGGACGAAUCGUGCUGAAGCUGGAAAGCGGAAGUCAAAUAGCAAUCCGCCCGCAGAAUCUGCAGCGGCUGCAGCGCACCAUAAGCGUGCCAACAAGCGAAAAGUCCAAUGCACAGUCCACCGAGGUUCGGCCGAACAAUGCCAGAAGCACCAACUCUGGGAGCUCAAGCUUUUCAGGCCCAGACCCGUCUGCCAGCAAAGUCUUCGGUUCAGCCUUUGAGAGACUGAAGGCGAAGGCUGAGGCAGAGGCCCGCGGCGAGCUUCCAUCGGAUCGGAGAAAGAAGGCCAAGAACGAUUUGGACACACGUGGCGGGGUGCAGCCCUCAGCUUUGCACGGGGAUCGUGCCUCCCCUCUUGGAGAUUGUCGGCUCGACCAGAUUGGGAGCUCCCAGCCGGCCGGCCAAGCCAGGAGGGAGCUGGUCAUGGGCACGGAGGCGACGGAGCCCAAGGCAUCUCAGACCGAGGUUGCUGAGGAGCCUCCGAAGCGCGAGCCCAUCAAUUUCGUGCCAGCCGAGGACAACCGCUCGCUCUCGCAAGGAGAGACCGGAGAUACCUUUGUGCCGACUUUGCGCGACAUCCAUGUUACAGCAUACGCGGCCAGGGUCCUCGUAUAA